CUUAAUGGGAUGCACAAGCCUGGUGAUGUGAUUCUGGGUGGGCUGUUUGAAGUCCACUACACCUCUGUCUUCCCUGAGCUGACAUUUACCUCAGAGCCACAUCAGCUCACCUGUCAAGGGUUUGACCCUCCCGGGUUCAGGCAUGCUAUGACCAUGGCCUUUGCUAUUGAUGAGAUCAACAGAAACUCCAACCUGCUACCUAAUGUGACUCUAGGAUACAGUCUUUAUGACAACUGUGCCACACUUGUAAUUGGAUUCAGCGCUGCUUUGUCACUGGCCAGUGGUCGAGAGGAGCAGUUUCUGCUUCAGGAGACCUGUUUUGGGACCCCUCCAGUACUGGGGAUUGUGGGUGAUUCUUUUUCAACAUUUUCUAUCGCCACCUCUGAUGUGAUAGGUUUAUUCAAAUUGCCCAUUGUGAGUUAUUUUGCCACAUGUUCCUGCCUGAGUGAUCGGCAACGGUUCCCCUCCUUCUUUAGAACAAUCCCAAGUGAUGCAUUCCAGGUGCGAGCUAUGAUUCAGAUUCUAAAGCGCUUCAGCUGGACCUGGGCAGGUCUGCUGGUCAGUGAUGAUGACUAUGGACUCCAUGUUGCCCGAUCCUUUCAAUCUGACCUUGCUGAGUCUGGUGGGAGUUGUCUGGCCUACUUGGAGAUUUUGCCCUGGGGUGACAACCCAGCUGAACUCAGGAGGAUUGUGGAAGUGAUGAAGAAAUCCACAGCUCGUGUGGUCAUCGUGUUUGCACAUCAGAUCCAUAUGAUUCAACUAAUGGAAGAGGUGGUAAAGCAGAAUGUAACAGGCCUGCAGUGGCUCGCCAGUGAAGCCUGGACAGCAGCUGCUGUGCUGCAGACACCCCACCUCAUGCCAUACCUGGGUGGCACAUUGGGAAUUGCCAUUCGAAGAGGAGAAAUACCAGGCCUCAGGGAUUUCCUACUAACAAUACGUCCUGAGCUACACCACAACAACAGCAAUGGAAAUAACAUGGUGAGGCAGUUUUGGGAACAUACAUUUCUGUGUAGAUUUGCACCACCUCCAGCAGAUUGGGUAGAAGCUGGGGGAGCACUAUGCACUGGAGAUGAAGACAUAGAGAAUGUGGAGACUGAGUUUUUGGAUGUAUCCAACCUCAGACCUGAGUACAAUAUUUACAAGGCAGUGUAUGCUCUAGCAUAUGCCCUUGAUGACAUGCUGCAGUGUGUGCCAGGCAGAGGGCCUUUCAGCGGGCGCAGCUGUGCCACUCUACAAAAACUGGAGCCAUGGCAGCUUAUGUAUUACUUGGAAAAGGUCAACUUUACCACAUCAUUUGGUGAUCAAGUGUCAUUUGAUGAGAAUGGUGAUGCCUUACCAAUCUAUGAUAUCAUGAAUUGGCUGUGGCUCCCUGAUGGACGAACAAAAAUUCAGAGUGUGGGUGUGGUUAAGAAGUCAGCCUUCAAAGGUGAAGAGCUCAAACUGGAUGAGGACAGAAUCUACUGGAACUUUGACUCCAAACAGCCACCCAGGUCAGUUUGCAGUGAGAGCUGCCCCCCGGGUACCCGCAAUGCCAGAAAGAAGGGGCAGCCUGUGUGCUGUUUUGACUGCAUCCCUUGUUCUGAGGGAAAGAUCAGCAAUGAAACAGAUUCCAUGGAGUGCAAAAGUUGUCCGGAGGAUUUCUGGUCCAGCCCCCAGCGUGACCAUUGUGUUCCUAAGAAAACAGAGUUCCUCUCCUACCAUGAGCCCCUGGGUAUCUGUUUGACAACAGCCUCAUUGCUGGGCACAUUUAUCUGUGCUUUUGUCCUGGCGAUCUUCAUCUAUCAUCGCAGCACACCUAUGGUCUCUAGACCAGGAGGUGGAGCCAGUCUGAAAUGGUUUGGUGCUGUGCAGCAGAGAGGGACAGUUCUGGUUCUUACAUCUGUCCAAGCAGCAAUCUGCACUGCUUGGCUUGUAACUUCCUCACCAACUCCUCAUAAAAACAAUCAAUAUCACAAUGACAAGAUAGUGUAUGAGUGUGUAGUCGGGUCUACAAUUUGGUUUGCAGUGUUACUUGGUUAUAUUGGCAUACUGGCAAUCCUUAGCUUCCUGCUAGCAUUUCUGGCAAGGAAUCUUCCAGACAACUUCAAUGAAGCUAAGUUCAUCACUUUCAGCAUGCUGAUCUUCUGUGCAGUGUGGGUGGCCUUUGUCCCUGCUUAUGUCAACUCACCAGGCAAAUAUGCAGAUGCAGUGGAGGUAUUUGCCAUCCUGGCCUCCAGUUUUGGUCUCUUAGUGGCAUUGUUCGGACCCAAAUGUUACAUAAUCCUGUUGAGACCAGAGAGAAACACAAAGAAAGCACUCAUGGGUCGAGGUACCACCAAGACAUAAGAAGUAACUCUCACAAAUAUCAAUUCAAUUCCAACUGUGAUCUGCUCAUGAAAAAGACAAGACAAAAAGUAACUUCCUUUUUUACUUUAAGACCUUACUUAGG